AUGGAAAUCGAGGCUGCACAGCGGGGCUCGGCGGACGGUGAAAUGGUGGACCGACUGGCCAAUGAGAAGCCGUCGCAUUCUUCUCAGGCGGACCAGGCAAGAAUCGCUGGGAGAGCUCUGAAAGCUGCCCGUGGCCCGAGCGCUAGAGCAGGUGCUGCAGCCGCCAAUUCUUUCGCGUUGACGACCGCGCAGCUGCCCGCAGCAACAAAUAAUUCAACCAAGCAAGGCCAUCAACAACCGACGCCAGUUUCCCACCCAUCCCCGGCCUCGAGAACUGUUUUGCCUGCUCCUUGCAACAGCACACUUGGAUAUCCCGAACUCGAACUCGAACUCGGCGGACUCGAGGUCUCCUUCGAAAUGUUUGGACGAUCUGCGAGCGCCACCGCUGGUGGCUUGAGCAUCAACACUGGUGCCGCCAAUGCAGGUGCUGGUCCCUCUUCGACUCCCGCAGCUGGGGGAGGACUCUUUGGGAGCUCCACGGCAACGACACAGCCUGCCACGGGCGGCGGACUUUUCGGCGGCACUUCGACGGCAGGAGGAGGACUCUUUGGCAACAAGCCUUCAACACCACAACAACCAGCGACCGGUGGCCUCUUUGGCUCGGCUCAAACCCAGCAACCGCAGCAACAGCAAAGCAGCGGCGGCCUGUUUGGAGCGAACCAGACUCAACAACAACAGCCUCAGCAGCAGACCGGAGGAUUGUUUGGAGCGGCUCAGACCCAGCAACAACAACCGCAGCAGCAGCAGCAAAGUGGAGGUCUUUUUGGUGCAAAUCAGGCCAAGCCGGCGACGGGCGGCCUCUUUGGCCAGAGCACAGCGCAGCCUCAGCAACAACAGUCUACAGGAGGAGGUCUCUUUGGCGGCGGCAACACACAGCAAACCCCGCAGAACCAAGGUACGGGGGGCGGCCUAUUUGGACAGAGCCAAGCUCAAACCCAGCCGAAGCCCGGUGGUCUUUUCGGCCAAUCUCAGCCGGCAGGAAGUUCUGCUCCCGGCUUAACUAUGGGUCAGUCGACGACACAGCAGAGCGUUCCUGGCGUACGAGUAGAUAUGUCAAAUAUCAAGGGCACGACUCGAUUCAACGAUCUCGAACAGUCCAUUCAGUCCGAAAUGGAGAACUGCGACCUCAUGAUCCAACGCUUCAUGGCGCACGCUUCCGAAAUCCGAGGCUUCAUGGCCGCCCACGGCGGUGACCUUGCACAACUCACCAACGACGUCAACUGGCUCCAGCGCAAGUACGAGGGCGUCAAGACGACUCUGGACGAGGAUAUUGUCACCUUGGGACACCUCAAGGACCUGGUCAAGUCCGACGCGGACAUUGCCAAGAUGGCCUUCGCGGGCGCCGACCAGCUGAAGCUGCCCGCACACUACCACCAGACCUGGCUCACCCGCGGCGGACCAGGGGGCAACACGACCAAUGGCAACCAAGAUCGCAAUCUGGAAGACGUCCUCACCCUCUUCUCCAACGAGGCCGACCGUCUGAAGGAGCUGAGCCAGUUCCAGGUCCAGAAGAUCAAGGAGAUGGAGCAGCACAUGCCCGGCGUCGAGCACGGCCUCUACGAGCGCGUGCGGUCCCUGCGGGACCAGACCCAGGUGCCAGCCUUCAACAUGGUCCUCGACUUGCUGGAGACGAUCAAGAUGAUGGGCGACAAGAUUUACGAGGCUGCGGGUAGCAUUGUCGACGUGCGGGAAAAGCUUACCCAGCUCCAGCGCCAAUAUCCCACCAAAUGA